GUGUUGCAAAAUGAGGCUUGGUGGUGCUGUUAGCCCGCCCAGUUGCUGCUGCUAGAAUCUGAAGGGGAGGGAGAAACUAGCAUUGUGCUUGUUACCGGUGUGAUAAAGGAAGCAGAGAUCAGCCUCACCUUGUACAUCUUAGAUUUGCUUUUACUUGUUUCCAGGGACUGUUAAUGUAAUGCAGUCCCUUAACCAGGAAAUUACAGCAUUCUCCCGGGCCAAUCUCAGGAAGCAAUGCACCAGAGUGACAACGUUGACUGGGAAAAAAUUUAUAGAAACGUGGAAAGAUGCCAGAAUUCAGGUUGUGGAAGAAGUUGAGCCUGGCAGUGAGGGUGGCUGUGGUUACGUGCAGGACCUAAGCCUGGACCUGCAAGUUGGCGUUAUUAAGCCAUGGUUGCUGCUGGGAUCACAAGAUGCUGCUCAUGAUUUAGAUACCUUAAAAAAAUACAAGGUUACUCAUAUUCUCAAUGUUGCCUAUGGAGUUGAAAAUGCUUUCCUCCAUGACUUUACAUAUAAGAACGUUUGUAUCCUGGAUCUACCUGAAACCAAUAUCAUAUCUUAUUUUCCAGAAUGCUUUGAGUUCAUUGAAGAAGCCAAAUUGAAGGAUGGAGUGGUUCUUGUUCAUUGUAAUGCAGGCGUCUCCAGGGCUGCUGCAAUUAUAAUUGGCUUCCUGAUGAGUUCUGAAGAAAUCACAUUUACCAGUGCCUUUUCUUUGGUGAAAAAUGCAAGACCUGCUAUAUGCCCAAAUUCUGGCUUCAUGGAACAACUUCAAGCAUACUAACAGUGAAAAAAAAAUACGGGAAUAAGUAAUUGGGUAUAAUAAAAUUCAGGAAACAGAUGAAGCCAACAGUUUGUGAGAUGGCAUUUUAACAGAUGAUCUGAAACUAUAACUUCUGAAUUGACCUUUUAAAAACAAGUUUUUAGGAUAUAAUGGUAGAAGCCAAAUCCUUUCCUUUUGCUGCUCUCAAAGUGCAAACUGAAGUGGCCUAAUUAUCUUGAGCUUCAGCCUAAAUGAUUUUUUAAAAAUAAUUUUGCUUAUUCUUCAGCAUUUAAGAUGUGUGAUGGAAUGCUUUUUUUGAAUUGCAUGGAGCAGAUAACAUUGGUAUUACUGAUUGUGUUAACUGCUUUGGAGGAAAAGGGUAAAAGUAGACUUGAAGUCUGUAUUUGAACAUUGAAAGAAGAAUGAAAAUUGUUGAAUACUUUCAGUGUUUUUUCUAUUCCAGCAACUGUUCUCAUGAAGAAAGAAAUGCUGAAAUACUGCUUUACUUGUACAUAUAUUUAGAAAAAUACUUAUCACCUUAGAUAGAUUUCUUUUUCUGCAUUUCUUUUCUAAUAAAAAUAAAUAGCUCAAACUCCCCGAAGGGUAUAUUUGCAACCAAAAGGUUUAUUCAGAAGGUAUACAAUUGUAAUAUACAUAGCAUUCAAAUAUCUUUUGAUCACAAUUCAUUGCCUUUUAAUUGUGUAGGGUUUUUGUUGUUGCUGUUUUGUCCUUUGCCUGUUGGUAGCUUUUGCCCCCAGAUUCAUUUGCGGCACUUACAAUAUGUUCUGAUUUAUAUAUUUUACUGUCAAUAGGCAUCUCUUCUCUUUCUGUGUUCCUUUUAUACUUUUGUUGGCUCCUAUUUUAUGAAGUUUUUGGAAGCCCUAGAUUUCUGAAAAAUAUUCUUUAUACUGAAAGGCCUAUUCGUCAUGAGUAAUUAAAGCUCACAUAGAUAAUAAAACAAAAAUACCUGUAAUCAGUUUCACUUGAUAUUGUUCACUUCUGUUGCAUACAAUUCUUUAAGAAAAGAAAAAGAAAAAAUUUAAAAUUUAAUAAAUAAUUUGGACCUAGUUCUCAUAGAGCCUGAACACAUUUUCAACCUCACUUCUGACUAUAGGCCUUGAAUAAAUUAUUUCAUUACUUUUGCUUUUGUUUCUCUAUUUGUGAAAUAAUAAUUUCUCAAUAUGACAAAGCCACCCAGAGAUUUUCUUUUUCAACUCUUUGAAACUUUUUUUUAAAAUAAAAACAUUAUUUCUACUAAUAUAUUAUUGCUAAUGACAUAAAAUACACAUCCCUAAUCCUGUUUGUGAAAUUUAUAUUAAAAGUUUUUCAUUAGUAUUUAAUAAUUGAGGAAAUUAAUAUAAGCUCCAGGGGAAUAUUUUUUAUUCUGUUAUAAACAUAGCACAUUUGAACAAGAGUGUUGCAUGCAAAUAUGUUGAAAAGUGUACGUUGAGCACAUCUAUGCAGUUGAGAAGGUAUGUCUUUUAUGCUGCUCUCAUGAGUAAAGGGUCAAAAAGUGUUAAGUAACAGGUUGUAUGCUUUGAGAAAAAUAAUUGCUAGAAAAGUCUCCAGAGCUGAAAUCUUUCUUUCACCACAUACUAAUCCUGAGAAGCAGUACAAAACUAACCAACCAAAGUGAACAGUUUGAAAAUGACCAAUGCAAAUGUCCUAUUGAAUGUCAGGACUUCUCUGUGGUGUUCUCUCUUGUCAUUAUUGCCAAGAAUCUGCAGAUUUCUAGAUGACCCUUCUUUUUCUGCUAAUGACUGUGUUAAUGUGAACAUAUUUUCUUUUUUUCACGGUGCUAGUAGGUUUUAGUUUAUUAAGAAUUGGGGCAUAAUGCACAUUACAUAUCACAGAAUAUAUAAUUUGGAAUGAAAUUUACAUCCAGAGUUCUGGUCUGCACCAUUCUGGUUUUGUGACAUAUAACAUGAACUUACUACACUUUCUUUCUGGUAAAGAUCUUGCUUUGACCCCCAAACAUAUUUUACCUACAAACAUUUGUUGGUGAGGAAGUGAUAGGUCAGAUAUAUGUUUAUUGAUGAUUUCAUGAAGAGAAUUAAUCGGUAGACCUUGUCUUGGUGGCAUAAAGCUGCUUUGAAAAGAAGCUCUAUUAUGAUCUCACUAUCUAACAUUAUGAAUCAAAAAUAUAUGUAGAUACCAAAUGUCACUGUUUUGGUAGAGAAAAAAGUCCCAUAUAUAGGCCCAUCUGUGCAGUUGUGAUUUUGGCUGUGUUCCUGAAAAUACAACUUCAAUUUUUUUUUUUUGCUGUCAUGCUUAAUUAUUUAUAUCUAGACUAAAAGAAAAAAAAUUAAGUUCAUAUUUGUUCAAAAUUCUGAGUAGUAAAGAAAUAAAAUAUGGGCUUCACCUAUUUGAAGAGGGAGGCUAUAUAUUAUUUUAGAUAAUAAAAUUCCCCUUUUUAAUUUUCAAGUUACUUUUUGCUUUACUUAGGUAACUAUUUUAUUUACACAAUGCUUAAAAUUUAUCCAAUGAUAUGGAUAAUUUUCGGAGGCUAUAUGAACUUAAAAAUCUCACUCCCUUCUCUUUCCCCUUUAUGUCACUAAAUUUGAGGCAGAAUAUUGACCUUGAUUAAACCACUAUGGCAACAACAUUAAGAGGAAGAAAAAUAUAUUUUAAAUCCUAAUUGAUAUGUCUUUUUCUUCUUUAUUUUCCCAUUAAGAUAUUUAAGUAUAGCAUUUGGAAAGUAUUCUUCAGGAACUGGGCAACCUACUUUCUUUUUGACUGAAUCAUUUCAAUGGAAAAAAACCUAAACCUUGGCAAGACAAGUAUCAGUGAGUCAGGCAUUUCAAAUGUGUGAGGGACUCAAAAUGUUCCUAAUAUUGAAAGAUUUUUGAGUGUGACAGUGAAUUUCUCAACUAUGUACCAUCUGGAAGAUAUACUUAGAAAGAGUUACCAAGACUAAUGAGUUAUAAAUAGGUAUGCAGGUACAUGACUGAGCCUAAAUAUUUAAUGUCAGUCAUUAUUGGCAGGAAAAAAACAGAACAAAAAACAAACUUUUGGAAGAGCGCAACAACUGUUUUAGCUACAAUUUAGCCAUUCUUUGUAGCCUUAAGUCAGUUUAGAUAGAAGGUUUUAGAAUUUUUGUUUAUAAAUGUAACAAUUUCUGAGGUUUUUAUUGCACUAUUAUGUUACCAUUCAUGUAGGUGAAGUUACAGUGAGAAACCUGUUUAUGUUUGCUUUGUUUUUUGAAUGGUUCAAGUUUGCCUUAUGUGAUUUAGAAAAUCAGACAUUUAUUUUAUAUGCGUAUUUAUAAUUUAUCCUGUACCAAAGUACUUUUUUUUAGGUGCAAAAAUACUUGAUUUUAAAAUAACAAAUUUUAUGUUUUUCCCUGUGUCAACGUUGGUUUCUUUGUGAGUUUUGGUUUUAAGAUAACUAAAAUGCUUCUUAUACUCUAGCUAGGGAAGAAAACUUAUUGAUCACAAUACUGAAUUAUUUUAAUUAUCAAUUAUCUUUGAUGUUUUAGAUAGUUUCCAAGAAAGUUUGUAUUUGUAUUAGUGAGGAGCAAUG